GAUGAUUUAGUUGCUGCCGGACAGUGAUCAGUAAAAUAACUACUCGGUAUCAGCCAUCAAUCACUCGUUUAGUCACCCCUCUCCGGGCAUCACAGUUCGCUCGACUGACCAUCUCGCCCUCGGUCUAUUGAUACCGGAAUCCUGUGAGCUGCAUCUCCCCGCUCAAUUCCCACGGCCCAGCCCACCCAAGUCGAUAGCAGAAGUUGCACUGUAUCCGUUGCAAGCUUGUUCCUACCGGUUUGUGGCUGUGGACACACUCCAUUCAAGAGGCUGCCCUAUCUCGCGUUCUUUAUCUGAGGGUCUGUACCAUCCCCCCAGACUUUAGAACUUUUUUUCUUUCCCCUUCCGCCCUCCUUCAUACGAAUACUCUCGUCUGGAAACCCUAUCGCCAGGAAGGACUUGCCUGGCGGAGAUCGACAACAACAACAACAUGUACGGAUCACGUCUGUUCGUCGGGGCGGCCACUGCCGCCCUCUCGAUAACAGCGGCGGCACAGAUUUUCAGUACCAACCCGAUCCCGUCCGCAGUUGCACCGAGUACGUUCGUCAGCAGCCAAGCGUCGUCUACUAGCUCCUCGACAUCCAUCUCCGCAACACCCACGAGGGCAGCGGGUCCAAACGUCAUUGUUAUCGAGGUGGGAAAACAUGGGCAUAUUUUCGAGCCACACGAAGUGACUGGUGCCAAGAAAGGCGAUGUCAUUCGCUUCAAUUUUUAUCCCACGGGUCACUCUGUUGCACGAGCUGAAUUCGAAUUUCCAUGUUUCCCUUGGGAACUCUACCACCCUAAUGAGGCCGGGAUGUGGUCCAGCGGCGAGAAUUAUACUGACCCCGAGAGCUUCGAUAAACCCCUUGAAUGGCAGUUCACACUUGACACUGAAGAGCCCAUGUUCUUCUACUGCUCCGCUCGUACUUCCUGUUCAACUCAUAAAAUGAUCGGUGUCAUCAACCCUAAUGCUACGCAUUCAUGGGAUGCCCAACGGAAGUACGCAGAACAAGUGACAUACGAUCUAAAGCCGGGAGAGACAUGGAAAGCUGAAGAUCCAAAUUAUGGAAAAACAGAUGGAAGCAAAAAGUCGGGCCUUAGUGCCGGAGCCAUCGCGGGAAUCGCCAUUGGCGCGGCCGCCGUGGUAGCCAUUGCCGCUGCCUUGGUCUUUUUCUGCGGUCGAAGGGGAGGGUUUCAAAAGGCCUAUCGCAAGAGCGCCAUUCAUCCGCCGGCACCCGCUACCGAUGCCGCUGGUGCUCCGACCAUGGUAGAGGCACAAUACCACAACCAACACAAUCCAGCCAGCCCUGUCCCGACACCGGCAGGCCUGAAGAGUCCCGGCCAAGCCAGCUUCACGACCUUCUCGACUUAUCCACACAUGGACCCCAGUGACCCGUAUCGAAGCAUGACGGCGAGCCCUCAGCACCCUCCAUACCCAUAUGGAACUCCCCCACCACAGCAAAACCCUGUCUCGCCGGGAUCUGUUUAUGGAUACAAUACUUAUAAUGGACACGCAAUGUCCGCGCCUGGGAGCGCGCCUGUUCCCGGGCCCAACUCGCCUCUCAUGAUUGGAGAACUCAGCUCGGUUCCUCACUCGCGUGAUGUUAAUUAUCAAGCUCCGGUCGAGCUUCCAAGCGGAGACGGCACCUCAGUCAGGCCUCCGUCGACGAUGCCGGGAUCGCCUCCUCCGCAAUAUGAGAGCGGGAGCAACGAAGGUGCCAAACAGGGUUGGACAGUUGGUGAGGAGAAUCAAUUUCAGAAGCGAUGA